GCGCGCCGGCUCCUCCGCCCGAGGGAGGGGACGCCUGGGGUGCCGGGGGGGGGGGCCGCUUGCGUCAUUUCCGUCCAGGCCGGAACUCAAGAUGGCUGCGCUCUUGCUGAGACACCUUGGCCGUCACUGCCUCCGGGCCCACGUUAAUUCUCAGCUUUGUCUCAGAAAUGCUGUUCCUUUGGGAACCUCCGCUAAGGAAGAGAUGGAGCGGUUCUGGAAUAAGAACACGAGCUCAAACCGUCCUCUUUCUCCCCAUAUCACUAUCUACAGUUGGUCUCUUCCCAUGACAAUGUCCGUUGGCCACCGUGGCACUGGUAUAGCCUUAAGUGGAGGGGUCUAUCUUUUUGGCCUGUCUGCCCUGCUGCUUCCUGGGAACUUUGAGUCUUACUUGAUGUUUGUGAAGUCCCUGUGCUUGGGGCCAGCAGUGAUCCACACAGCUAAGUUUGUGCUUGCCUUUCCUCUCAUGUACCACGCGUGGAAUGGGAUCCGACACUUGAUGUGGGACCUAGGGAAAGGCCUGGCGAUCCCCCAGGUGCAGCAGUCUGGAGUGGCCGUCUUGGUUCUUGCUGUGCUGUGCUCUGUGGGGCUGGCAGCCAUGUGAAGAGCUGAAAUUCCAGCAUGGUCCUAUACAUUAUCACCCUCAUUUAUGUCCCUGUUUAUCACUCUUGUCUCCAUCCACCACGGUUCCCCCGAUUUGUAGAUGCCAUGAGUUUCAUAUCCCGUUGGAGCUCAGUACAGAAGCUUGAAGAACCAUAGUAGUAGAGAAAGGUCCUUCUCCCUGGGCCCAGGAGCCCCUACUCCCUCUCCACAUUUGACUUUGAUUUGUGCUGAGGGUCGGCUUUCGACUCCUUCUUGCUGAGACCGUGGAAACAAUGCCAGUUCUGUGGCUGCCCUGGGUGCCACUGCCUGUGGGCUGCUGGCUUAAAGGACAGUUCUGUUCAUUGGUCUGCUCAGGGCCUUCAGCACCCACACAGUGUGACUGAGAGGAGAGAGGUGGAGGGGGAGGGAUUUGCCCUGUCCAGCUAGAGAGAGAUAAAGAGCGAGUUGAUCUUGGAAGCUCGUGCUUGGGGGAAAAGAUAUACAGCUUUUGAUGGAUGAGGAAGAGCCAAAAAAUUGUAUUUUCUGUUCUUUCUGUUUUUCACUUCUAAUAAAAACGCCUUUAAUGUCCUGUUUUCUAAUCUAAA